GGUCCUGCUUCGCUCCCGCGAUGGCGGCGGUGCUGCAGCAGGUCCUGGAGCGGGCCGAGGUGGCCAAGCUGCCCAAGGCCGUGCAGGGCAAGCUGGAGCGGUUUCUGGCCGAUCAGCAGAGCGAGAUCGACGGGCUGCGCGCCAGGCACGAGCGCUACAAGGUGGACAGCGAGCAACAGUACUUUGAGGUAGAAAAACGACUGGCUCAGAGCCAGGAGAGACUUGUAAAUGAGACCCAGGAGUGUCAGAACCUCCAUCAGGAGCUCACCAAACUUAAUGAGCAGCUGAAAUUGCUGACGGAGAGGAACAAAGAACUGGAAGCUGCUCAGGAUCACAAUGCAGCCAUUCAGAGUCAGUUAGCGCGAGCAAAAGAAGAAUUGGAAGCCGAGAAAAGAGAAUUGGUCCGAACAAGCGAAAGGAGAGCACAGGAGCUGGAGCACUUAAAUGAGGAUGUUAAACGUCUGAAUGAGAAACUAACCGCAGUGAACACAGCAAAAGCAGAGCUGCAGUUACAGUUGGAUGAACUUCAGACAUCAGCCUUUUCUGUGAAAUAUCGUGAGCAAAGAUGGGAGCAAGAAAAGGAGUUGCUACAAAAUCAGAAUACUUGGCUGAAUACAGAGCUGAAGACCAAAACGGAUGAACUCCUGCUUCUUGCUCGGGAAAAAGGAAGUGAAAUCUUGGAGCUUAAGUGUAGCUUGGAAAACAAGAAAGAGGAGGUUUCCCGGCUGGAAGAGCAAGUCAGUGGCUUAAAGCAGUCGAAUGAAAAUCUUCAGAAACACGUGGAAGAUCUUUUAACGAAGCUGAAGGAGGCAAAAGAUCAGCAAGCUAAUAUGGAAGAAAGAUUCCACAAUGAACUAAAUGCUCAUAUCAAGUUGUCUAACUUAUACAAGAGUGCUGCAGAUGAUUUGGAGGCGAAGAGCAAUGAAUUGACUCAGGCUGUAGAGGAGCUGCACAAACUCCUGAAAGAGGCUGGGGAAGCUAAUAAAGAAACACAGGACCGUUUAGCCGAGAUGGAACAAGCAAAGGCUGCCAUGGAAAAAGAACUAAAGGAAAAGAUCAGCAAGUUGGAGAAAGAGUUGGACAAUGCAAAUGAUUUGGUUUCAGCCACCAAGCGCAAAGGGGCCAUCCUGUCCGAGGACGAGCUUGCAGCCAUGUCUCCUACCGCUGCUGCAGUUGCAAAGGUGGUCAAACCUGGCAUGAAGUUAACAGAGCUUUACAAUGCAUACAUAGAAGCACAGGAUCAACUACUGCUGGAAAAAUUAGAGAAUAAAAGGAUUAAUAAGUACUUGGAUGAAAUAGUGCAGGAAGUAGAAGCCAAAGCACCCAUUUUGAAGCGUCAGCGUGAGGAAUACGAGCGUUCACAAAAAGCUGUAGCGAGUCUUUCUGCUAAGCUGGAGCAAGCUAUGAAGGAAAUCCAGCGCUUGCAAGAAGGCGCUGAUAAAGCAAACAAGCGAGCUUCUGUGCUGGAAAGAGAGAACCAGAGACUUGAAAUCCAAGUCAAAGAUCUUUCACAACAGAUAAGAGUGCUUUUGAUGGAACUCGAAGAAGCCAGAGGCAAUCACGUCAUCCGUGAUGAAGAAGUGAGCUCUGCUGACAUCAGCAGCUCCUCUGAAGUCAUAAGCCAGCACUUGGUCUCCUACAGAAACAUUGAGGAACUUCAGCAGCAAAAUCAGCGCCUUUUGGUGGCUCUUCGAGAGUUGGGUGAAGCUAAAGAGAAGGAGGAGCAGGAAAACACUUCUUCUAAGUUUUCUGAGCUGCAGAGCCAACUGAAUGAAGCGAUCUCUGAACUAGAAAAGUUGCGUGAGUCACGCCAUCACCAAAUGCAGCUCGUAGACUCCAUAGUUCGCCAGCGGGACAUGUAUCGCAUCUUGUUGGCACAGACAACCGGCGUUGCCAUUCCGUUGCAAGUUCCAAGCAGCCUACCUGAGGAAAUGUCCCUGACAUCAACCCCCAAACGACUCUCGGGCACCCCCCAGGCCAUAUCGACCCCAGUUUCGGGAGCUGUGACUGAGUCUGCAGAAAUGGCAGAAGCAAAGGCUGCCCUUAAACAGUUGCAGGAAUUUUUUGAGAGCUAUAAGAAAGAAAAAGCCGAGAAUGACAAACUGCUGAAUGAACAAAAUGAGAAGCUUCAUGAACAGGUUACCGAGCUGAGGUCCCAAAAUACAAAGAUUUCCACCCAGCUGGAAUUUGCCUCCAAGCGCUAUGAGAUGCUGCAAGAUAACGUGGAGGGAUAUCGGCGAGAAAUAACAUCGUUGCAUGAGAGAAUCCAGAAGCUUUCGGCGACCACUCAGAAGCAAGAGCAGAUCAUCAACACCAUGACUCAGGAUCUGAGAGGGGCCAAUGAAAAACUAGUGGUGGCGGAGGUCAGGGCAGAGAAUUUGAAAAAAGAAAAAGAUAUCCUGAAAAUGGCAGAGGUUCGUCUGACUCAGCAAAAAGAAUCUUUAAUGGUGAAAGAAAGGAGUCAAAAUCUGCUGCUUACCAACUUGCAGUCUAUUCAGGUGAUACUGGAAAGGGCCGAGACGGAAACGCAGCAGAGGCUCAAUAAUCAAAUAGAGAAGCUGGAGCAUGAAAUAGCUCAACUGAAGAAGAAGCUGGAAAAUGAGGCAGAGCAAAGGCAUGCCCUCACCAAAAACCAAGAUAUUCAUUUAUUGGAUGCAAAAAGACAGCUCGAGACUGAAAUGAGUCUUCAUGCAAAUACGAAAGAACUGCUGAAGAAUGCCCAAAAGGACGUUGCAACCUUGAAACAGCAGCUUCUUAAUAUGGAGGCCCAGUUAGCUUCCCAGUCAUUGCAAAGAACUCCUGGUGAAGGUCAGACUAGUGCAAGUGAGGAUAUGGAUGACCUUGUGAGCCGAUUAAGACAGUCCGACGAACAAGUGAAUGAUUUGAAGGAAAGGCUGAAGACUGCCACAAGUAACGUGGAGCAGUACCGAGCCAUGGUUGUGAGCCUGGAAGAAUCCCUUAACAAAGAGAAGCAGGUGACAGAGGAAGUUCGGGCCGCUGUUGAAGCCCGCUUGAAGGAGUCGUCUGAAUAUCAGUCCCAGCUUGAAAAGAAACUGAUGGAGGCAGAGAAGGAAAAGCAAGAACUUCAGGAUGACAAGCGUAAAUCUAUAGAAAACAUGGAACAGCAGCUUUCUGAGCUGAAGAAAAGUCUCUCCAGUAUGAAGGCCGAAGUCCAGGAUGCUCUUCAGAGAGCAAACACAGCUCUUAGCAAUGAGCAGCAAGCAAAACGGGAUUGCCAGGAGCAGGCCAAGAUCGCUGCAGAAGCACAGAAUAAAUACGAACGGGAGCUGAUGCUUCAUGCCUCGGAUGUGGAGGCCUUACAGGCUGCUAAAGAGCAGAUUGCUAAGAAUUCUGCAAUAAAGCAGCACUUGGAGGAAACAGCACAGAAAGCAGAUACCACAUUGCGAGAAAGCAUUGCUUCAUGGGGGGAGCGAGAGAGAAUGUUAAAGGAUGAAGCUACAAAGCUGGGAUCUCGCUGCAAAGACUUAGAAAAACAGAACCGACUUUUGCUUGAGCAGCUAGAAACACUAAGUGACAAGAUGAUGUCGUCAGUGAAGGAAGGCAUGCCAGGGGCAUUAAAUGUCCCCCUUAAUGAAGAAGGAAAAUCACAAGAACAGAUGGUGGAAAUUCUUAGAUUCAUACGUAGAGAAAAGGAGAUUGCUGAAACAAGGUUCGAGGUAGCCCAAGUGGAGAGCCUGCGUUACCGUCAGAGGGUAGACCAUUUGGAAAGGGAGCUUCACGAGCUGCAGGAGAGUCUGAACGCAGAGAGAGAGAAGGUGCAGGUGACAGCAAAAACAAUUGCUCAGCAUGAAGAACUGAUGAAGAAGACGGAGACCAUGAAUGUUGUGAUAGAAACUAACAAGAUGCUGAGGGAAGAGAAGGAACGACUGGAGCAGGAGCUGCAGCAGAUGCAAGCAAAAGUUCGCAAGCUGGAAGCAGAUAUCUUGCCAUUGCAAGAGUCGAAUGCUGAGCUGAGUGAGAAGAGUGGCAUGCUUCAGGCAGAGAAGAAGCUGUUGGAAGAAGAUGUCAAACGCUGGAAGGCCCGAACCCAGCACCUGUUGAGCCAACAAAAAGAUACAGAAGUUGAAGAGUAUCGGAAGCUUCUUUCAGAGAAAGAGGUGAACACUAAACGCAUACAGCAAAUGAGUGAAGAAAUAGGUCGACUGAAAGCAGAAAUUGCAAGGUCAAACGCAUCCCUCACCACAAGUCAGAAUCUGAUCCAAACCCUCCGAGAAGAUCUGACGAAAACAAAAACUGAAAAGGAAGCCCUUCAAAAGGAGUUAGAAAUGAAAGUGGCUGACAUCCAAGACAAAGUUAGAACAAUAACUCAGGUCAAGAAAAUUGGACGCAGAUACAAGACUCAGUAUGAAGAGCUGAAAGCCCAGCAUGACAAGGUCCUUGCAGAAACAUCGACCCAGCCUUUCUUAGAGGAGCAAGAGUCCCAUGCUUCAGAUAAGGAAGUCCAAGAAGCGAAAGAGGCUCUGUCACAAGCUGAGAUGAAGCUGAAAGCCUUGGAGGGGCAGAUGGAAAAUUUACAAAAGACUUUAGGAGAGAAGGAAACUGAAUUAAAAAAUCUUCAGGAACAGGUAACCCAGCUGCAGUCAGAGGUGUCCCGUCUCCAUCAAGAUUUGCAGGAAAAAACAUCCCAAGAAGAGCAGCUCAGGCAACAGGUGGCUGAAAAGGAAGAGAAGACUAAGAAGACACUUUUGGCUGCCAAGCAGAGGAUUCACCAAUUGACAGGAGCAAAAGAACAGCUGACUAAAGAAAAUGAGGAGUUGAAGCAAAAGAGCAGCACCUUGGAGGAGCAGAAGUCGGAGAUGGAGGUUCGAAUGAGUGCGCUGAAAUCCCAGUAUGAGGGCCGCAUUUGCCGCCUGGAGAGAGAGCUGCGGGAACAGCAAGAGCGGCAUCAUGAGCAGCGCGAUGAGCCUGCCGAAUCUACCAAUAAGGCUCCAGAGCAACAGAGACAAAUCACCCUUAAAUCAACACCUGCCGCAGGUGACAGAGGAAUUGCCAGCACUUCAGAUCCACCAACAGCUAACAUCAAACCAACUCCCGUUGUGUCUACCCCAAGCAAAGUGGCAGCUCCAGCUAUAGCUGGGAAUAAAUCGACUCCAAGGGCCAGCAUCCGUCCAAUGGUUACCCCUGCCACGGUGACGAACCCUACAACUACACCCACGGCCACAGUUAUGCCAACAACACAGGUGGAAACCCAGGAAGCAAUGCAGUCAGAAGGGCCAGUGGAGCACGUGCCAGUCUUCGGCAGCACGAGCGGAUCUGUGCGCUCAACGAGCCCCAACGUGCAGGCCUCCCUCUCCCAGCCCAUCCUGACAGUGCAGCAGCAAACCCAGGCCACAGCUUUUGUGCAGCCCACUCAGCAGAGCCACCCUCAGGUAGAGCCAGCCGCUCAAGACCCUUCCCCGGCCAUUUUGGAGGUGGUGCAGAGCUCGCAGAUGGUGGAAAGGCCUUCUACUUCAACAGCCGUGUUUGGCACAGUUUCAGCUACUCCAAGUUCUUCUCUACCCAAGCGUGCCCGGGAAGAAGAUGAUAGCACCGUGGAAAACUCGGAGCAGAUUCCGGAGGAAAUGAUUGAUAUCCCUCUUGCCAAAAAACUAAGGAGCGUACAGAGGGUUGGACCGGAGGAGGAAGUAACUGCAGAAGAGAGCACAGAUGGAGAAAUGGAAGCUCAAACCUACAAUCAAGACUCACAGGAUUCCAUUGGAGAAGGUGUGACACAGGGGGAGUACACGCCCCUGGAGGAUAGCGAGGAAACAUCUCAGUCCCUCCCGAUAGAUCUGGGACCUCUCCAGUCUGAUCAGCAGAACACGACAUCGUCCCAGGAAGGCCAGGGCAAGAGGGAUGAUGUCAUUGUGAUCGACAGUGAUGAUGAAGAGGAGGAGGAGGAGGAGAAUGAUGGGGAAGCAGAAGAAUAUGAAGAUGAGGAAGAGGACGAUGAAGAUGAUGAUGAUGAAGAUACAGGAAUGGGAGAUGAAGGUGAAGAUAGCAAUGAAGGCACUGGGAGUGUUGAUGGGAACGAUGGAUAUGAAGCAGACGAGGCAGAGGGUGGUGAUGGAAUGGAUCCCAGUACAGAAACCGAAGAGAGCAUCGCUAGAGGGGAAAGCAGCCAGAGAGCAGCCGACUCUCAAAACUGUGGUGAAGGAAGCACAGGUGCAGCAGAGUCCACUUUCUCCCAGGAAAACCCACGAGACCAACAGCCAACGUCAGCUUCAGAAAGACAGGUGCCUCGUACUCCUCGGCCUCAUCCCUUGCCCCCACGACUGACAAUUCAUGCCAUUCCAGCUCCUCCACCAGAACUGGGACCACCCGCUCAGCGGAUCCAGAUGACUCGGAGGCAGUCAGUGGGACGUGGACUUCAGCUGACCCCUGGUAUAGGAGGCAUGCAACAGCACUUCUUUGAUGAUGAAGACAGGACUGUUCCGAGCACUCCCACAUUGGUGGUACCACAUCGUACGGAUGGAUUUGCAGAAGCAAUUCACUCCCCACAGGUUGCUGGAGUUCCUAGGUUCAGGUUUGGACCUCCUGAAGAUAUGCCACAGACUUCUGGUCAAUCAGACCUCGGGCAACUUGCAUCGCAAGGAGGGCUAGGAAUCUAUGAAACACCACUCUUCCUUGGCCACGAAGAAGAAUCAGGAGGUCGUAGUGUCCCGACCACGCCACUGCAGGUUGCGGCACCUGUUUCAGUCUUCACUGAGAGCACUGCUGCUGAUGCUUCGGAGCAUGCCUCCCAGUCUGUCCCCAUGGUUACAACAUCCACUGGUAACUUAUCCACCACUUCAGAGUCUGGAACUGGAGAUGAUGGUGAUGAGGUUUUUGUGGAAGCUGAAUCAGAGGGAAUUACUUCAGAGGUUGGUCUAGAAAUCGAUAGCCAGCAAGAGGAAGAAUCGGCUCAGGCUCCGGACGAGUCAGACCUUCCUUCUACUAGUCAAGAUCCUCCUUCAAGUUCAUCUGCCGACACAAGCAGCAAUCAUCCCAAGCCUUUCCGACGGGUUAGACUCCAGCCACCAACCUUACGAACUGGAGUUCGUGGUCGUCAGUUUAACAGACAGAGGGGUGUAACUCAUGCAAUGGGUGGCAGAGGAGGCCUAAACAGAGGCAACCUUAGUUAAGUCCUGUACAAAUUUUCUGGAAAUGGUGUAUACUGUCUAGUCUGCCUUUAAUCUGUAUUAGUGUAAUGGCUGCCGAGCUUCAAUCAGUUUUUUAUUUUAAAUUUGGAUUGGUGUAUGAACAUUUCAUUGUCUUUUAUUAAUAAAAAAAUCAGAGGAAUUGUCAAA